CCGAGCUUUCAAUCACGAGUUUUGGCUUUCAAAUAGACUGCGAAAUAAAAAUCGAUAUUUCUAUAUAAGAUACAGUAUAUUGCAAACUGUGGUUCAUUGUUUGUGAAACAUGGCAUUCUUAUUCCGCCGCGAGUAUAAUUUGAAGACACCCUGGGAGAGUGAAAAGACGAAGGAUAUUCCAGAUAUCUGGUUAAGAAAAGUGGCAACGAUGGUUUUAACGUUGGAUGUGAACAAAGAUGGAAAUGCAUCAACGAAAGAUAUCGUUGAGGUCGCACUUCGCAUGAUUCAAUCAGCUGGUAUAUCCGGAAUUGCAUCAGAUGUACUAAUAAAUGGAUUUCAAGACAUGGUAUAUGCCUAUGAAGCUGAACAGAAAGAUAUCUGGGCUCAAACUUGGGAUCAACAGGUGUUAAACAUGUGGUCAAAUCAUGCAAAAUGCCCGGCAGUUAUCGAAGCAAAUAAGACAUUCUAUAGAAAAUUAUUUCAGGCUUUGGAUUUCAACUCUGAUGGUUUAAUCAGUUUCUCCGAGUACAUCCACUUCUGGGCUGCUCUCGACCUGGAACCCAGUGAAGCAAGGAUGCAGUUUGAUUACAUGGACGCGGAUCAUGAUGGAGAGAUUACAGAGAAGGAAUUUGUAGAUGCAGCUAUUGAUUAUGAGCAUAAUCAUACUGAUGCUGAUACGAAGAAUCGUUUUUAUGGACC